AUGGCCGCCACCACCACCACCACCUUCCCGCCCGAGCCUCCCAUCGCCCUCAUCACAGCCGGCUCCGCAGGCCUCGGCGCCGAAGUAGCCACUCUGUUCGCCCGCAACGGCAUGCGCGUCGUCAUCAACUACCACAGCGACGACCAGCGCGCCCAGUCCCUCCUCACCACCCUCCAGGCCGUCAGCACCCUCACCCCACAGCCCGGCAGGACAGACUUUUACGCCAUCCGCGCGGACCUGGCCGUCCAGGCCGACGUGGAGCGCCUCGUCACCGAGACCAUCUCUGUCAUGUGCCCGCUGGACGUCGUCUUCAGCAACGGAGGCUGGACGAGGCUGCGCGAUAUCACCAACCUGGACGACAACAUGGUCGAGGACGACUGGGACAGGUGUUUUACCAUGAACGUCAAGAGCCACCUGUGGCUGAUGCACGCAGCGAAACCGCACCUCGAGGCCGCGUACCAGCCUGCGGCAAGUGGUGGUGGCCCUGCCUCGUUCAUCACCACGGCGAGUCUGGCGGGCGUGCACGUUUCGGGGAGCUCGUUGGCCUAUUCCGUCACCAAGGCGGCGCAGCUGCAUCUGGUGCGCGGACUGGCCAAGAUUGGGGCGCCCAAGAUUAAGGUGAAUAGUGUUAGUCCUGGGCUGAUGAUGACGGACGUUGCCGAGCAGGUCCUCGCCCUCGUCAAGAUGAAGAGCGUGUCUGGUCAGAAUGUGGUCAUGGACGGUGGCUACUUGAGUUUUUGA